GUAUGAAUACUGAAAGCACUAUAACCCAAAAAUCUCUUUUGCCACCGCGCAGUCCUGGAUUUAAUUUCCGGCUGUGUGAAUUUUCCAUAUUCUCGGCGUGUCUAUCACUGUUUUCUCCUGGUAUUCAAGUUUCCUACCACAUCAACAAGACUUGCUAAUGAAGAUUUCCAAAUUGUCACGGUGAGUGUGAACGUGUCCAGUGAUAACUGACGUCCCAUCCGCCGCUGAUUCCCUUCCUUUGGACGGACACUGCCUGGACAAGCACCUCCUUCGUUCUGUUGUGGAUUAGGUAAAUUCGGAAAUGAAUGAAUGGAAAGAGAAAAAAAUGAGCGUGACACUUCGGGCCUUAGGACCCGGCUGGCUUCCGCGGAGGUGCGCGGGUUGGCUCGGAUUGUGGAGUCCACAGAAUUGUUGUUUUCUCCAAAGCCAAGAGGGGAUGGAUUCGUAGAGGAUCACAGCAGAGCAGAACUUCGAGAUGGCCCAGGUGGAGAAGAAAGCAGGUUUGCUGAGGAAAUCCUCUGCUUCCAAGAAACCACUGAAGGAGAAGGUGGUGCUAAUGUAUGAUGAGAUCUUUGCGAAAGAUGAUCCAGCAAAAAAUAAUCCACGUUUCUGGGAGGAGCUUUUUCUAAUGAGGGUGAAUUUAGAAUACCUUGAAGGAAAACUGGAAUCUCUUGAUGGUGAUGAUCUCAUGAAAAUUAAAGACAAUGUAAAUAGCCUUUUUCAUCACUGCAUUCAAGCUCUUGGAGAGGAGCACCAGAUUAAAGUUGUCAAUGCUUUACAGACCUUGUGUGCACUGUUGUGGGGUGUCCAUCAGAAGAACAAGUCUACAUCAGGGUUUGAUAUUAUUAACAUGUUAAUGGGCUUUGAUAAAGCAGAACUUCGAAUGAAGGAUCUCAUGGAAAGUUUGGACACACUUUUGUGUGGUGAGGGUUCAGAAAGCUUGAAGAGCCUUUGCCUUAAACUCUUGCUUUGUUUAGUUACGGUUACAGACAACAUUAGCCAAAAUUCAAUCCUGGAAUAUGUAAUGAUAAACAGCAUAUUUGAAGCCAUUUUACAGAUUUUAUCCACUGAUCCCAGCAGACGACAGCAUGGCUAUGAUGCAGUGGUCCUCUUGGCCCUAUUGGUGAAUUAUCGAAAAUAUGAGUCUGUGAACCCAUACAUCGUUAAACUUUCAAUUAUUGAUGAUGAAACCACAUUAAAUGGAAUGGGUCUGGUCCUUUCACAAGCACUCUCUGAAUAUAACAGGCAAUACAGAGAUAAAGAAGAGGAGAACCAAGGAGGCUUUUUUUCUGCAAUCACCAAUAUGGUUGGCAGUAUGUUCAUAUCGGAUGCUGAUGAAAAGAUUUCAGUACAGACCAAUGAAGCUGUUUUGCUUGCAUUAUAUGAAGCAGUGCAUUUAAACAGGAAUUUCAUUACAGUACUUGCGCAGAGUCAUCCAGAGAUUGGCAUGAUGUCAACUCCUACAACGCCAGUCCCAACCACUCCGACCACUCCUUCCUCGAUGGAUGUGAUGAAUUCUGCAGAGCUGCCUCUUGAUCCUAAUCUCCAGACAAGUAAUCUGCUCAUAACAUUUUUAAAGUAUUCUUCUAUAGUUAUGCAAGACACCAAAGAUGAACAUAGACUGAAUAGUGCAAAACUUUGUCUCAUCAUUCUGUCAUGUAUAGCAGAGGAUCAAUAUGCCAACUCCUUUCUGCAUGAUGAUAAUAUGAAUUUUCGUGUUAAUCUGCAUAGAAUGCCGAUGAGGCACAGAAAAAAGGCAGCUGAUAAGAAUAUCCCUUCCAGACCCUUGGCAUGUGCAGUACUAGACUUGAUGGUGGAAUUUAUUGUAACUCAUAUGAUGAAGGAAUUUCCAAUGGACUUAUACAUGCGAUGUGUACAGGUUGUUCACAAGCUAAUUUGCUACCAAAAAAAGUGCAGAGUGCGUCUGCAUUACACAUGGAGAGAACUCUGGUCAGCACUCAUAAACUUGCUGAAAUUUCUAAUGUCUAAUGAGACGACCUUGCUGUCAAAAUACAACAUAUUUCAGCUUGCUCUGCAGGUUGUCAAUUUAUUCAACAUGUUCAUAACAUAUGGGGACACUUUUCUUCCAACUCCUAACAGUUAUGAUGAACUUUAUUAUGAGAUUGUGAGGAUGCAUCAAGUCUUUGAUAAUCUUUACUGUAUGGUGCUGAGGCUUUCAACAAACACUGGGCAGUGGAAGGAAGCUGCUAGCAAGGUGACCCAUGCCUUGGUGAAUGUAAGAGCCAUCAUUAAUCAUUUUAAUCCAAAAAUUGAGUCCUAUGCUGCUGUGAAUCACAUAUCCCAGCUAUCUGAAGACCAGGUUCUAGAAGUGGUGCGCUCAAAUUAUGACACUUUGACAUUAAAGCUGCAAGAUGGCUUGGAUCAGUACGAGAGGUACUCUGAGCAGCCCAAAGAGGCCGCCUUCUUUAAAGAGCUGGUACGCUCAAUCAGCUUGAAUGUGCGGAAGAAUGUGUCCCUCAACACUCUGAGCCAAGACUUCCUACUGAAAGAAUUCUCUUCCAUAUCCUGAGACUUUGUCUUCGUCUCAAGUGAACUGUCAUUCUCAUAAUGUGCUCCCAGAGUGCCCUGUAGACACUUUACUUACACUGUGAUCGAUGCAGACAUCUCUCACACUGACUGUGCUGCCCAAAAGAAUUGAAUAUUUUCAGCUGUGAAAUAACCAGGCUUUGUAAUUGUUGUUCAGACUCUGUAACUCUACAUCUGUUUGGGAUAGGGGACUUUUGGGGGUAUCCAUCCUGCCUUCUGCCACACUGAAAUGAACAGUGUUAAUUAAGGCUGAUUGAAUUAAAACAAAUCUCUCUUAUUCUGUUGUGUUGAAAAUACAUUGUUGUGUUACGGAAAUUUUUACUGUUAUUUCAGUCUAGUAAGGGAUCCGAAGAGCAGUCAGCUGAAUCAGGUAAACUGAAUAUAGUGAAUCUCCAAAUCAAUAAACUGGAAGUGAAAAGCACUGAGGGCUUAGUUAAAUUGAGUUGUGUGAUCUGAAAAUUUGCUAGAGUGCAGCAUCAAGAACUUCUCUUUUGGUUUCCCAGGUAACAAUGAAGAAAUCAAUGUUGUUAAAAGGGGGUGUUCAGUGCUGCAGUGCGCUCUCUCUUGCAUGUGGCAGUCCAAUAGUUAGUGAGAUAAAGUACAUCCUAAUAAAAAUUAUGCUUUAUAAGGCUAGUCUACAGGUUUCUGACGGAUUCCUGAGAGUAAUACACUUUGUUUCAGGAUGGUAGGAGAGAAGAUGUGUGUAAAUGGAGAUGGGAAUGCCUUGUCAUUUGUCAUUGAUAUACUAGGAUAGAUUGUUUAAAAUAAUUGACCAUUCUGAUGAAAUCGUACGUACCACCUGUUUUAAAUCUUGCUGUAUUACCUGUUAUGGACAAAAAUUAUUCAGUGUUAUUUAUAUGUACUGUUCCUCAAAAUAGACAUUUUUU